CCUCUUCAGCGGAUGGCCUAGCUGGCGCAACGCCGACCAGUGUGAAGGAGUCCAACAACAAUGGUAGUAUAAGUCAAGGAAGCAAGAUUGGCCUCGGUGUUGGCUUGGGAGUCGGCUUGGCAGUACUCAUCGCAGCUAUCGUCCUAUUCUGCCUAGCUCGAAGACGGAGGCAAAGACGGGCAGCUAUGGGAGGCAAAUACGCGCAUGCCCAAUCCGAUCUUUCGAUGGUUGAGGCGCCCUAUCCAACUACUACAGGAGUUGCUGCUGUACGAGAAACAUCGAAGGAAUACCAGGAGCCGCCUAACUACGAACCACCCCGAUAUUCACAGUACGAGCGCGAGCGCGACCACCAGCCUGUCGAAGAUGAUCGAGAAGCCGUGGAAGAAGUCGAUGAUCGUGCCAGCGAGGAGUUUGAGCCGCCUCACAACGUCUUCCAGACACCAGUGGGUCAAGGUCAAAGCCCAAUUACACCUCUGCAACCUGAGGCACACCUUAACCGAAGUUUCACAAAUGCACCUCUGGCGCUCGCGAUCCCUUCAGCUGCGGGCGGUGUAUCUACGCCUCAUUCUCGCGACCUCUCACCUGCUGGCGGCGGCUCGCCCGUCUCACCUGUCUCGCCGGUUUCUGCUGUAUCGCCUAUCAAUAGUCGGCCCUCCUCGCCGGCACGGCGUCAUUGAUGUUGAGAUUUAUAGCGCAAGAUUCACGAUAUUAAUGCCUUUC